UUCUGCGGCUCUGCGGGAUCUUGCAUUGGUCGCAUUUGGCGCGACUCUCCUCCAGCGCUGCCCCAACCUCAUCUGCAUCUCAACUUGGGUUCGCUCCGCCUGAACAUCAUCGCAAACAUCAGGAGUUCCUCCCUUUGUCAGAGAAAUCGUUUGGGAUACGCGAAACCGUCUUUGUUUGACAUAUUUGGCGCGCGACAACGCUCGAGCUGCCAUGCGAGAGCCCUUCGCUGGGAAUUCUGAAGGCUGAUCAUAUCAGAAAAGAUAUACAAGCAGACCAUCGCCAUCAUGUCGCAUCCUGGGCAGGUCCCAUCCCGCGCAAACAGCGUCGUCAAUGGUCCUCCAAGCGCUGGGUUGCCUCCUCCUCAUGGUUCGCAGCCACCGCCAACUCCAGGAGCCGGCCAACCGUCUCAGCAAAACCUUAACCAGAUUGUCCUUGAAUAUCUAAACAAGAAAGGCUACAGCAAGACAGAAGCUACCCUGAGACGUGAGGUCGCGGAUCGCGACGGUACACCCAUUUCUCGAAAAGUGCAAGACAAAGGAUGGGAGAAAUACUCAGAAUCGUACACGCUCCUUGAAAACUAUGUUGAUGACACUCUCGAAGUGUACAGGCCUGAGUUGGUUAGGCUACUGUGGCCGAUAUUUGUGCAGUCAUAUUUCGGACUUGUAAUUGAUUUCUGCCCUCCAGAAGCACUCAGCGCAUUUUUCAGAGAACACAGCCCACGCUUUCAGCGCGAGCACCAGGAUGAACUGCGACAACUGCAAGUCAUCACAGAGCCAGCGCAUGUGCAGCAGUCGGCCAUUGGAAAGAUUUACCGAGGCGACAACAACAAAUAUCGACUCACGCUUUCGUCAAUGGCUUGGGCAUCCCUCAUCCAAUUUUUGGAGUCUAAGCAAGAUCAAGGUGGUGUUGUCAUACAAGGCCUUAUCUCAAGCUAUGUCUACAUCGUUACAACAGAACGCGCCGCAACAGCGUCAGAUCGAAGCCUAGCUGCUAUGCUUGCACGUGGAGGUGAAGACUUUGACAUUCCUGCCGAAGACGAAGGCAUUCCAGGCCACAACCCAGGCUCUGCAAACACGGACCGUAAUGCACCGACAGUCCUGCCGAAUCUGAAGCUUGGACAGAUGCCGAUGGACCCCGAUGCAAUGGAGGAUGUCCGAGCAGAGCUGAAGGAAGAGGAUGAAAGGAACCCUCCUGCCAACGGUGAGAACUCUCUGCUCGAGGAGUUUGAACAACGCAUUAAGCAAGAACCCGCGGAUGAUGCGCCGAGUCGGGAGCAGAUACCACUACCUCCACCAUUGAUGAGGGAUAUCAAGUCAGAAGUCGGUAAGAUUAGGGAAUAUAGGGACCGGUUCAAAAUAGAUCCAAAGACGAGCGGUGUGGGACCGGGUGUUAGUGUUUGCAUGUACACGUUCCACAAUACGCACGACAACAUCAACUGUCUCGACUUCUCCGGUGAUCUCAUGCUAGUUGCUGCUGGCACACAGCAAUCAUACAUCCGGGUCUGGAGCUUGGACGGCAAGCCAAUUCCCAACAUGAACACAGGAGAAGUCAACGAUCCGAAUGCACAACCAUCCAGCUCAAAGCGGCUUAUUGGCCAUUCAGGUCCAGUCUACGCUGUUCACUUCUCACCAGCGACACCAAACCCUUCGCGGGAACCACCCUCGACUGCGCCUCGCUACCUCCUCUCCUCCUCGGCCGAUAAGACGGUUCGCCUGUGGUCGUGUGACACUUGGACUUGCCUGGUCGCCUACCGUGGCCAUGACUCGCCCGUCUGGGACGUUCGUUGGGGUCCGCAUGGGUACUAUUUUCUCUCUGCAGGACACGACAAAGUGGCUCGUCUCUGGAACACAGAGAAUAUUGCACCAUUGCGCAUGUUCGUUGCGCACGACAACGACGUCGACGUUUGCGCCUUCCACCCGAACGGCGUCUACGUUUUUACUGCCGGCGAUAAGAAUGUACGUAUGUGGGACAUUAGUCGUGGCAAUCCUGUGCGAAUGUUUACAGGCCACACGGGGAACAUCACAGCGAUCGAGUGUUCGCCAAACGGGCAGACGCUAGCCAGCGCCGACGACCAAGGUAGCAUCUUUUUGUGGGACCUUGCUUCGGGAACACGCAUUAAGCGUAUGCGCGGCCACGGCAAGGGUGGCAUCUGGUCACUCUCUUGGUCUGUUGAAUCAUCAGUGCUGGUUUCGGGUGGUGCAGAUCUGACGGUCAGAGUGUGGGACGUCAUUCAGAAGCCCAGCGAGAAGGGCUCCGAUGGUGCCACAGCCGUUAAAGCUGAGGGACCCUCAACUACCGCAGCGGGAACGACGACUGGCGCUGCCGGUGGAGUACAGAAGAAGAGCAAGAAGGACGUGGUGGUUACGCAAGAUCAGAUCAGUGCGUUUCCAACCAAGAAGAGCCCGGUUUACAAGGUGAUGUUCACGAGGAGCAACUUGGUCAUCGCAGGUAGUGCGUAUCUGCCGGAGUUGUAUUCAUAGGUCAGGAACUAGGUUCGAACGUGCCGUCGCCGUUCCUAGCGGAGUUUGAUUUGGAAGGGUACCAAAGCGCGAUACCGAAGCAAAAAAGGGCUCUUUUGUAUCGAUAAUUAACGUUGCUGACAUACCAAUAUAUAUAUCUCGUGAGGACAUUUUCAAAAGA